ACAAACACACGCAGCCAGAAUCACAUAAGGCAGUAAACAUGAAUGGAAAGUUGCGUUUAAAACAAUGAAUGAUUGAUUUGAUUUGUCGAUUUGUUUUUUAAGAGUUGCGGGUUGUCGCUCCUCCUGAGAGGCACAGCCUUUAACUUACUCACUCAUGUGUUCAUCAUCAAUAUUAAAAUAAUAAAAGACGGGCGUGACACAGACGAGAAACGAAACUGAGAGACGCGGAACUGAAGUGUCAUGUGUCUGAGUCUGGACCGAUUGAUCAGAGAUUUGAUCAGAUAACAGAUCAUGUGCUUUAUAAACCCGAUCUCAAUCCUCAUUCGGCUCUUCUUCAGUGGGAGAUCUCGUAAAGUGAUGAUGCCUGAUACUGGUGAAGAAACGCCGGUGUUUUUUGACCUCGAGACCACAGGACUGAACACCUCAGCCUGUGAUAUUGUACAGCUGUCUGCCAUCAGCAGUGAUAAAGCAUUUAAUGCGUACAUGCUACCCCGCUGCUGCAUAACGGACGGAGCCGCACGUGUCACGGGUCUGACGGUAGAUGGUGAUGCCCUGCUACGCCAUCGAAGGCCCGUCCGCACCACUCCACAGAGACAAGCGCUCAUUAACUUCAUCUACUUCCUCAAAACUUUCAACAGACCUUUUCUGGUGGGACACAACAGCAGAAGGUUCGAUUGGCCCAUUUUAAUGCGGGUCAUGGAGGAGUUUGGCCUGUUGGAAGAUUUCGGGGAGGUGGUGUCGGGGUGUGUGGAUACACUGACUAUGAGCAGAGAGAUGUUUCACCUGGAGAAAUACAACCAGCCGUUUCUGGUCAAGCAUUUUCUUGGAGAAUCAUAUGGAGCUCAUGAUGCAACUGAGGAUGCCCGGACUCUACAGGAGCUCUACAGAGUCUGGAAACCCUGUAAAGCUCUCGUGAUGAAGCACAAAAGUUUCAUGUGAUUGAUGGACACAACCCUGGGAUCAUGUUUGUAGUGAUUUGGUACUGAUCAGUG